AUGCCACAGAAAAAUAUUUACAAAAAUUUCCACGAAUAUUGUGACAUUUACAUUUCUCGACUUCUGGGAACAGUUGGAUUCGACGUUCUAAAUCCCAACUUUCGCUUGACGCCACUUACCUAUUUCGUGAUUUUGGACACUUUUUCGUUUCUUUUCAUCAACGGAUACAACAUUCUCGUACUUUCGAAAGAUAUCAAAAGUACGUGUUACAAUUUUCUCACUUAUUGCUUCGGUUUUAUCAUGAUUGGAAGAAUCGCAAAUGGCUUAAUAAAUACAAAAAUGUUCCAAAAGUUGCGGGAUGUAAUGUUUAGCUUCACUUUUGACGAGGACACUGAAGGAGAAGAACUCGAAAAAUAUCUGUGGUACGGAAAAACAUCGAAAAUUCUUGGAUCCAUUGGAAUGACGUUCGCAUUAGUGGCAAAUGUGCUUUUUAUUGUGCCGCCAUUGGUGAUUUGGUUCGCUACGGGUCGUCAACAGUUAAGUUUCGGACUUUUUUUGUCAGUUAUUGAAGCCGAUAGUUCUGCCGGAUUUUUCUGCAACUAUAUCUACGACACUUUUCAAGGAUUAUUUGUGCCACAAGCUCUCAUCGGAUACCUAAACAUGAAUUUAUUGUACGUGAUUUGCGCAUGUUUUCAACUUGACGUCCUCGUGAUUAAAUUGCAAAAGUUGGAUAAGCAACUCCGCUUCACGGAUUUUGGUAAAAAAUCAAAACGAGACGAAAUUUGCGAGAUUUUGAAACUUCAUCAGGAGUUGAACGAAUAUUUGGCGGCAGUCGAGGAACUUUAUGUCUUGGAAUCGUUCAACAGCAUUUUGUUUUUCAUCCUGGGAAUUGCUCUCGGUUUGUUUAUUUGCGUCAAAGAAAUUUGGGUAGUCGGUUACCUGAUCAUUGUGCCUUGUUCUUAUAUGAUUUUUAUUAAUUCUCUCUUUGGCGUCGCAAUUGAAAUCAAAUCUGACACCCUUGUACGAACCAUAUAUGCAAUUCAGUGGCAUUUGAUGACCGUUGAGGAUAAAAAGUUGAUGCUACAAUUUUUGCAAGCAGCGCAAAAUCCCGUUCAAUUGAGUUAUGGCGGGCUGUUUCCGUUGAAUUUGGAGUCAUUUUCUAAAAUUUGUAAAUCAAUUUAUACUUAUUUAAUGUUCUUGAGAGACAUGGAUGUAUAA